UUUUCCUUAUGUAUUCAAUCGAAUGCAUCGCCAGUUCGUUGAAUUAGUUUUAUAGUUACUCUUUCAAAUAAUAUCAGUUAAUCAUGUCCCGUAUGUUAUUAGUUCUUAUAUUGACAAUAUUUGCUAUAAAUAUAAGUGAAGGAAGACUAAAAAAGAAGAACACGCCGCCACAUUGUACUAAAGUAACGAAAGAUACAGAUUAUGCUUCUCGAUUUAAGUUGGAUUAUCCCAUAGCCUAUAUCAUACCCGGCCAGCAUGAAGCUUAUCAACAGAUGUACUGCAUAAACCCACCAUCUGUAAACAAGGGGGUCACGGUUGUGUGCGAUUGGGCCGCACCUCCCCAGGUACAAUUUACUCUAGGAGACGAAUACAUGCACGUCGUGCGCCAAGAUCCUAGUGGCCGCUUCCUAGGCAACGCCGUCAUUACCACGUACCAGCUCUGCAGUCACAACAUAUCUAGUGAACUAUAUGAUCAAUUUGCUAAUUCUGAUAUAAUGAUAACAGAUUUGUCUUCACCAUGAGGUGCUUAAUUUUUGCUUAAUUUAAAAUACAUAAGUUCUACCUAUAUCUACCCUCGCAUUAUACUAUAUCUUUUUUUAUAAUUAUAAAAAAAAAAAUUAAUAUUCAAGACGGAGAGCUUAACCAAUUACGAUUGUAACUAAUUAAAAUUUAACACUAUAAUAUACUUGACUUGUAAUCAA